AUGAAGAUUACAUGCAUUGGACCUCUUUUAUUUGGGACAGCAAGAUGGGAAAGUUCUAUCACUUCGAUUCCUAUCUAUUUGAUCAGAAGGUUCGCCUUUCUAAUGCAGUCUUGGGCUUCCGGGAAUUCCUUGCAGGUAUUGGACUUCCCUUUACCUUCACCUACUAUCAGAUGCCAAUCUCAGGGCAGCCUUCUGGAUGGGAAUGCGGGUUGA